AUGGUCAGAGACAGACAGGAGUUUCCCACUAUUCGGUCGGCACGCGGAUUGAUAGGGUACUGCAUCAGCUGCAGAUCGAACCGACCCAUCGAGAGCGCUGAAAGGGAAUUCUUCCUCAACGUCGAUGUCGGUGAUAUACCCGUCGUUGUCGUCUUCACGCAGUUUGACACCCUUGUCGAUUCCCAUUUCAACAAGAUGUGCAAGUCCCUACGCAGCCGAAAUCAGUCACUGGACAUGGAUCAAAUCGACAAGGACUCCAUGAACGCUGCUGUUGCAGACUACGACGACAACUACCGCGGUCAAUUCGAGAGCCAAUUUGGACGACGGCUGAGGGUGGCUAUCAUCAGGCUUAAUUCGUCCCAGCAGACGUCUGGGGUCGACUCCCUUAUCGCUCAGACGAAAUCAUUACUGCUUGAGGACGGCUUGAAGCUUCUCUGGACUGCAGCGCAAAGCCACUCGGCCGACAUGAAACUCAAAGGGUUGCUUCGACGCUUCUUCAGGAACGAUUCUUGGUGCGAAGUUCUUGGCGGCGAUCAACUUCUUGGGGCCACUAACUGCAUCUGA